UAUUGCAUGCGGAGUUUGGGACGUGUUUCACAUGUUGUGGAAUUGACGGCCGCGUCGCUCCAUGGAUCGCUGCUCUCUCCUGGUGCUGGCUGUCCUCUGUCACACAAUCCUCCGUUCUUUAUCCAACCUCCCGCUGUUUACCCGCUGUUGUUCAUCAGUCAUUUGCUUAUGCAAAUCGACGCGCUCUGAUUGGCUGGAAUCGCUCACCAAGGCAGAGUCUGCGGUGGGUGCGCUCGCUGGGGCCGGUCUUGCAAGGCGGUCGUCGCUGGACAUUGGGAACGACCCAACACUCCGAUUCGCCACUAGUCAACUUCUGGUGAGUAUUGACGUUACUGAAGCUACCGAACAUACGACAGGAGCACGAAGGUUCGACCUACGAAUGGACGAGGGAAAAAGAACGGGGCAGAUCGAACGAAUGGAUGGAUGGAUGGAUUGGGGAGAGGAUGGGUGGUUGAAAAUGGCGAAUGACGGACUACAUGAGGUUCGACAUUUGACCUCCUGCGAAAAGAUGGAGGAUAUGCUGAGAAGAUCGAUGACGCGGAAAGCUUGUGUUGUUGUCGACGCCGCCUAGUUGGACGCCAUUCACGGUCGAAUGAGGAAAGGAUCAUUCCGAACGUAUGCCCGAAUUCUCGGCACCCGACGGACGGGCAACAACGAACACGACCUGGUCUUGAGAGGCACAGGUGGCAUUGAUUUGGCGGCGAUUGGCUGGUCGAACAUGUGAGAGGGAGGGGACACACGCUCUGGGAAUGGGUGCAUCACAUGCAGCGAGAGAAUUGCGGGAGCGGAGGACGAAGUGCUGUCAUGGAAAGGCUUUGCUGACAGACCUCUGUUCCUUCAGGCCGGAAAUCAGCAAAGAUGAAGUCCAUCAUCCAGGAGAAGGACAUUAAGAUCCCCGAGGGUGGUAAGUAAAGGAGAGAAUGUUUGACGUUUAUUCGACAAGACGUCUCACAGCCUGGAC